AUGUGCGUCGUUGAGAAGCGCAUCUACCUCUUCUCCGGCGGCGAGAGGGAAGUGUACGAGCACGUCAAGAACUACUGCGAUCGAGCAAUGGGCAACCAGCCGUGUUCGUCGGUGAGGUUUGACGAGCGCGUCCUCCAGGGCGCCGGCCACUCCGCCAGAUCCCCCCGUGUCCGCCUCGUCCCCGACACUGGCGCCUCCGUCUCGCCCCUCUCGGAGAGCUUCCCGUCCACUCCUACAAAUGAGCCCAGCCUCAUCGAAAGGCGGCCUUCCAAGUCCUCACGAAACUACGGUCCCCGUACCAUCAACCCUACCGACAUCAACUUCAGACUCGGCGGCGGAUCCAACAGAAAAGGCAAGGAAGCCCACCGUGGCCACCGCCGUCACGCUAGCUCCGGCGCCUCGACUCUCUCAGAACAGUCCUUGGACACCACGCACAUAGUAAACGACCAUUCGCCUCUCUCCUCCACCUUCGCCGAGGCGGGCCAUAGCUACAGACCACCCGACUCACACGCACACGCCUCAUCCCGCACAGCAACCAUGGCCCCACCCAGGCACCCGGCAACUGCUCCAGCCAGCGCACCUCCUUCUGGCCCACCGCGUCCCCCUGUCGCCGUAGCCACCGGCUUCCCGGACGAUGACCCCAACCGUAAGCGCAAAGCCAAGGACCUUCGCCCAAUCAUCACUGGCCCAACCCAAGGUGUUCACCACCAGGGCCCUACCCCCUCGACACCGAACUACGCGGCAGAGGUGCGCACGCCGCGCGACGUGCCGCACCCUGCCCCGGCGAGAGCCCAGCCCGUCGAGGACGCCAUGUCGGCGCUCGACCUCAAUGAUGACGAGCCUGCUGAUGCCAUUUAUGCGCGCAAGGAGGCCGCGCGCUAUGAGGAGCGCGAGCGUCUGCGCAAGCAGCAGAGGGAGGACCAAUGGCAUGCCGACUAUGAGAGAAUGCGGGCGAAUGCGCGCGAAGAGGCGAGACGUAAUGGCAAGGAGACGCGGAGGCGGGAGGAAGAGGCGCGUCUUCAAGCGGAAGAGGCGGCACGCCAUCGGGAGGACGAGGGACGUCGUCAGCAGGAAGAGAGGCGUCUUCAAGCGGAGGAAGUGGCACGUCGUCGCCAGCAAGAGGAGACGCGUCAACGAGAGGAAGAGGCAGCCCGUCGACGGGAUGCAGAGGCACGUCGCCAGGAGGAAGAAGCAGCACGUCGCCAGGCUGCUGCCGCGGCUCAACGCAGAGCGGACGACGACUGGGAAACCAAGUUUGAGGCAGGCCGGCGCGCCGCGCAGGAUGCGGCAAGGCUGCGAACGGAGCCUACACCAGCUCCUGCUCCUGCUCCUCGCGAAGAGCCUACCCAUACCCCUCGACCCCACCAGAAAUCGUCUGCUGCUACAUCACGCCCAAGAGACAAGCCCAGCACGGCGCCGUUCCGCCAGCAGCACCCCGAGCCCAUCCGCGAGUACGCAGAGCCCGUGCGGCACCGCCGCCGCGAGGAGCCCUCGUCGUCCUUCAGCCCGACGUCGCCGCUCCACAGCCGCACCAACGCCCGUCCAACCCCGAGUCUGCACAACGCUCCGGCGCGCGACACGACGGCCCGCAGCGCCGCCACGGCCGAGGUGGCGGAGCGCGAGGCCCUCAACCGCCGCGAGCUCGAGCAGCUGGCGCGCGAGCGGCGGAGCGCUGAUGCGCGGGACGUUGCGGCGGCUGUGGGGGGGCGCGAGAGCCUUGAAUACGAGCGCGGCGGUGGCGCGACCCACGCCCUCGGUAGCGGCGGUGGUGACAGGAGGGGUAGCGUGGCGCGCCGUGCUGGCGAUAGGCCCGUCGUGCACCAGGCUCCUCUUGUUGGUGGCGUUGGCGCGGCGAGCGCGCGGGGCAGAGACGUGGUUGAGAGGGAGAGGCAGCGGGUGCGGGAUGAGCGCGAGCGCGAGAGGGAGAGGGGGGCCUGGUAUUCGUCGUGGGGGCGGUGA